CGCUCCGUUAGCAGCGACGGCUCGUCGACGCGGUUUGUCCGUGUUUUUGUGGCUCAAAAGAGAUGUGUAGUUUGACUAUCGUUCAAACCAGUUACCGUAGUUGUCAGAAGCUGUGUGCUAGUGAAACAAAAAAAUUAGAGCUUCAGUAAAAUCUAGUGAGAAAAAAGCCAGAAAAAAAGAGUCAAAUAGUUAUAAUGAUAAAGCCCCGCAGAGUCGUUGCCGCUCGCGGCUACGAAGAGAUGGACGGCACUAAUGUGCCCAGUCCACGGAACGGGACGGCAGCAGGGACUGCACCGGGGAUCGGCGGUGGUGACGUCGAUCCGUCCAGUCCCAUCAACAAUGGCGCCCCGCCGGAAUUCGAACUGGCUUCGGUUAGUGUGGUGCCGGACGAUACGUUCACCGUGACGCAGGCGGUAAAUGCCCUCGGGUUCGGCUGGUUCCAGGUGAAACUUUCGCUCUGCGUGGGACUGUGCUGGAUGGCCGAUUCGAUGGAGAUGACCAUUUUGAGCGUCCUGGGGCCGGCACUGCACUGCGACUGGGGCAUUACGCGGUACCAGCAGGCACUGGUUACUACGGUAGUGUUCCUCGGGAUGAUGCUGAGUUCGACCUUCUGGGGACACUUGAGCGAUCGGUACGGGAGAAAACCGGCACUUACCUUGUGUGGUGUGUUGCUGUUCUUAUAUGGCCUACUGAGUUCCGUUGCUCCUAGCUUCGGGUGGUUGUUGCUGCUGCGAGGUCUGGUAGGAUUCGCCAUCGGCUGUGUCCCUCAAUCCGUGACAUUGUAUGCCGAGUUUUUACCAACGAAGCAGCGCGCAAAAUGUGUGGUUCUCCUAGAUUGCUUCUGGGCAUUGGGGGCGUGCUUCGAGGUAGCCCUAGCGCUGGCAGUAGGUCCGAACCUAGGAUGGCGGUGGCUUCUCGGGUUAUCCGCCGCUCCGCUGUUUGCCUUCGCCGUCGUCACACCGUGGCUUCCCGAAUCUGCCCGUUACCACGUUGCCAGUGGGCAAAACGAUAAGGCAUUGGCCACCCUUGAGCAAAUUGCCAAAGAUAACAAACGACCGAUGCUGCUGGGUCGCCUGGUCGUGGAAGGUCCCAGUGGAUCACGGGGCAGCGUUAAAGCGCUGCUUGGUAGCUCGCUGAGAAGAACCACACUGCUGUUGUGGUUUAUUUGGAUGUCGUGCGCCUUCUGCUACUACGGGCUGGUGCUGAUGUCAACCGAGCUGUUCGGAGGGAAAAAUAAAACGGUGCUUCCGGACACGGAAACGGAUUGCCACCCGUUGGCGACGACGGACUACAUGGAUCUGCUGUGGACGACGCUGGCGGAAUUUCCCGGCAUCUUCGCUACGAUCUAUGUGAUCGAGAAGUUCGGUCGGAAGAAAACGAUGGCACUGCAGUUUCUGCUGUACGCCGGGUGCGUUCUGAUGAUUACCGUUACCGAUGUACGUGUCUUUCUAACCAUCAUUUUGUUCAUGGCACGCGGAAUCAUCGCCGGAUUGUUUCAGGCGGCCUAUGUCUACACACCGGAGGUGUACCCAACGGCGUUGCGAUCCGUCGGAGUUGGAGGAUGCUCCGCUCUAGCCCGGCUAGGGGCUAUGGCAACCCCUUAUGUGGCUCAAGUACUGCUGCAGUCGUCCAUCUGGAGUGCGGUUACGGUGUACGGAUUCUUCGCCGUGUGCGCCAGUGUCGCUUGUAUUAUGCUGCCCUAUGAAACGCGGGGAACCGAUAUGGGCCAAUAGAUGAUAGCAUUAGCAUUACUUGCUCGCUGCAAUCCAUUCCAAAACAACUACACUCACUGACACUAAGAUACCUCUUCCGGUGGAAAGACGCACAACCGCGGUUGUUACUUAUUCUUAGAAGAUAAGCACGUUUUUUGCUUUUGUUGACCGAACAAAAUGAUUUACAUUUUUUUUUAGAAAGUGUGUACAUAUAUAAAAGUAAUUAUUUAUUCAACAUUGACUAUUUAUUAGCUCGAGUAAAGUAUAUU